AUGCCCAGAAUCAUGUGUGUGAUCUUCAACAGGCAGAUGGUGGCCCGCAGUCUUCUGGACACGCUCCGGGCCGUCAGCGAGGAUGAGCGCGAGUGUGUGUCUGUGCUGGAGCGGAUCGACAGACUCGCAGACGACUCAGAGCCGACGGUUCGAGCGGAGCUCAUGGAGCAAGUCCCACACAUCGCCAUCUUCUGUCAGGAGAACAGACCUUCCAUUCCCUUCGCCUUCUCCAAGUUCCUGCUUCCCAUCGUGGUGCGAUACCUGUCCGACCAGAACAACCUGGUGCGUAAGACGAGUCAGGCGGCGCUGCUGGUUCUGCUGGAGCAGGAGCUGAUGGAGCGAGGAGACGUGGAGAGCCUGGUGUGUCCGGUGCUGGUGGACCUGACCGCUCCCGACAGCAGCGACGACGUCAAGACCGAAGCCAUGGCGAUUAUUUGUAAAAUGGCUCCGAUGGUGGGGAAGGACGUCACCGAGCGACUCUUUCUGCCGCGCUUCUGCGAGAUGUGCUGCGACUGCAGGAUGUUCCACGUGCGCAAGGUUUGUGCGGCGAACUUGUCGUGCUUGUGUGGUUGUUGAUGUGUUCCUGUGGUUUCCGGUCAGCUGCCGCGGUUCUUCCAGCUGUGCUCUGAUAACGUGUGGGGCGUGAGGAAGGCCUGCGCCGAGUUCUUCAUGACCGUCUCCUCGGCCUCGUCUCCAGAAGUGCGGCGCACCAAACUCUCGUCUCUGUUCAUCAGUCUGAUCAGCGACCCGUCGCGCUGGGUGCGUCAGGCUGCGUUUCAGUCGCUCGGUCCGUUCAUCUCCACCUUCGCCAGCCCCAGCAGUAACACAGGUCAGUGCUUCAGAGCCGAGGCCGAGGCGAGCGGAUCACAGACACACAGCACAAACACAGACGCCGUCUGUCCGCCACGGGACUCCUGUGAGGAAGAGGAGGGCGGAGGAGAGCAGACGGCCGAGAAGUGCCUUCCUGAGGAGACGCAGCCUUCAUCCCAUCCUCCAGCGCAGGAGAUCCCGGAGCAGGAGCUCUUCAACUCCUUCCACUACUGGAGGACCCCCAUCCCUCAGAUCCAGCUGGAGCUGCUGCAGGAGGAGGACAGACGGCCCUCGGCCCCGGCGCUGGGCAGAACACAGCUGCAGGACUCAUAUAACUGCGUUCUGAUAGACUGCAUCACGAUCAUCAGCAACAGUGUGAGAUGGACAGCACAAGUGGACGUCCUGACAGCUGCUCUGAGAGCCACGGCGCUGGACUCUGGACUGGAAGACGCUUUCCUGGAGCCUCGAGCGGCUCGAUCAAACCCUUUCAGCUCCCAGCAGCCCUCAGAACACCUGUCAGCCGACACACAGUGGAAGGUGCGGCGGACGCUGGCGUUCUCCAUCCAUGAGCUGGCUCUGAUUCUGGGUGAUCAGCUGACCGCUGCUCAUCUGGUGCCCAUCUUCAACAGCUUCCUGAAGGACCUGGACGAGGUUCGCAUCGGCGUCCUCAAGCAUCUCUACGACUUCCUCAAGCUGCUGCAUCAGGACACUCGGAGGAAAUAUCUGUAUCAGCUGCAGGAGUUCCUGGUGACGGAUAACAGUCGUAACUGGAGGUUUCGCUCAGAGCUGGCCGAGCAGCUGGUGCUGCUGCUGGAGCUGUACAGCGCUCAGGACGUCCAUGAUUAUCUGCGGCCGCUGGCUCUCUGUCUCUGUACUGACCGCGUGUCGUCUGUGCGCUGGACCUCCUACAGACUGGUGAGCGAGAUCAUCAGGAAGUUGUCGUCGUGUUCGUCUCUGCUGGUGAGUUUUCUGGGAGAGCUGGUGGAGAAGUUCUGUCACUCUCUGAAGUGGUCCGGUCGUCAGGCGUUCGCCUUCAUCUGUCAGUUGUCCAUAGAGGAGGAGUGUCUGUCUCUGGACCAGUUCUCGGAGCAUCUUCUUCCUCCUCUUCUUCAGCUGGCGUCUGAUCCGGUUCCUAACGUCCGUGUGCUGCUGGCCAAAACCCUGCGGCAGACGCUGCUGGAGCGAGAGUAUUUUCUGAGCGCGCUGAACUGCCAGCAGGUGGCGCUGGAGCACACACUCGUGGCGCUGCAGACAGACGUGGAUAAAGACGUCAAGUACUUCUCCAGCGUUCACCCCGGCAGCACGCGUCUGAACGAGGACGCCAUGAGCAACACGUCCUCCACCUACUGACCCGCUGUCCCAGAAUGCACCUCUCUGAUUUCACCACAGAAGCCUUAAUCAUGUCUUCCUUCUCCAG